AGAAAAUAAAAAGAAGCAAAGAGCAAACGUCGUCGUCGUCUUCUUCUUCUUCCUCUCUCUCUCUUUUGUCCUCCUCCUUCUCAUUGUCCGUUUCAUUCGUAUUUAUAUAAUCGAACCCGAAACGUCUCUUCUUCUUAUCCCUUUCUGUCUAUCAAACCAGAUUUGUCUUAACCUCUCGCUCUUGUCCUGACAGACCCAUUUCAUUUCCAUCUGCUGUUCUUAGGAAAAAUCUAACAUUUCGAGUCUUUUCAUCAACCAAUCUCCACAAAAGCGCCAUUUCCACUCGCAAAUCUAAAUAAAGUCAGAUACUUUAUCGGUUUGAAUCUCGAGAAUUCUAAAAAUUCAGAGACCCCACGAGCUCCCUCGGUUCGAAGUGGAUUUAAGGAUGGAAGCAGAAACGUCUUGGACCACUUAUCCGUACAGUUACAUCACUACACAUGUCCCUGAAGCUGAAUCAUACUCUGACCAUAGCGACGAUGAUGAGACCAAAGUCCAAACCUUUUCAAUGGAUUCUCUUCUCCCCAACGAUCUAUUAGAGAGAAUCCUCACCUUUCUCCCCAUUGCAAGCAUCUUCAGAGCAGGCACCGUCUGCAAAAGAUGGAACGAGAUUGUCUCUUCUCAAAGAUUCUUAUCGAACUUCUCCAACAACAACUCUGCUCCUCAGAGUCCCUGGUACUUCAUGUUCACUAGCACAGACGACCCAUCCGGUUAUGCUUACGACCCGGUUAUCAAGAAAUGGUACGGUUUUGAUCUCCCAUGCAUCGAGAGUUCGAACUGGUUCGUUGCUUCCUCUUGUGGAUUGGUUUGUUUCAUGGAUAACGACUGUAGAAACAAGAUCUAUGUCUCGAAUCCGAUAACCAAGCAGUGGAGGAGGCUUACCGAACCGCCAGGUCACAGAUCAACAGACUACGCAGCGUUGUCUGCCUCUGUGAACAGAGCAAAACAGAGCUACUCUGUUUCUGUAGUGAAGUCGAAGCAAGUUCAGGGAGAUUUCUCCCAGUGGGAGAUCUCUGUACAUCUCUACAGCUCUGAGACAAUGACUUGGACAACACGUUUGACCGAUGUCUUAACCGGAUGGAGAGGAGGAGACGAGAGUGUGAUCUGCGGCAAUGUUCUUUACUUCUUGAUUUACUCAACAGGAGGGUCUGAUCAUCGCCACGGCUUGAUUGCUUUGAACUUAUCGUCGGUAUCAUCCUCUAACGGAGUCUUGAUGAGGAGUUUUGUACCAAUGCCGUGUUCUUUAACCUGUGGGAGAUUGAUGAACCUCAAGGAGAAGCUUGUGGUCGUUGGAGGGAUAGGGAAACACGAUAGACCAGACAUCAUCAAAGGGAUUGGUGUUUGGUGUUUGAAUGGAGGAGGGAGAGAGUGGCAAGAAGUGGCGAGGAUGCCUCAGAGAUUCUUCCAAGGCUUUGGUGAGUUGGAUGAUGUUUUCGCUAGUAGUGGCAGUGAUGAUAUGGUUUAUGUUCAGAGCUAUGGAUCUCCUGCGCUUUUGACUUUCGACAUGAAGUUAAAGUGUUGGAAGUGGUCUCAGAAGUGUCCUGUGUCCAAGAAGUUCCCUCUUCAGCUGUUUACUGGGUUCUGCUUUGAACCAAGACUCGAGAUCGCUCCAUAGCUAAAGAAAGUGUUGGCCUUUUUUGGGUUUGUUUUUGCACAGAUAAUACGGGUAAUGUUAUUCAAGAAUAUUGUUAUUUACAGUCUGGUUCUUUAUUAAUCAUAGAAUUCUCAAAAGAGACCCAUAUAGUUUUAAUUUAGUCAAUCGAAUCCUUACUAACA